GUAUAUAGUUUCACGAUCUCGACCAUUCGCGAAUAAAAGUCGUGCCGAAAGGUUAGCGCUGAAGCUUGAGAAGCUAUAGAACCCACGCGGAAGUCGAGCAAUUACCGAGUUUACCAAGAAAACUAAAGCUACAAUGCCCCAGCUGCAGAAACCCGCUCCCGAGUUCGCCGGCACCGCCGUGGUCAACGGCGUGUUCAAGGACAUCAAGCUGAGCGACUACAAGGGCAAGUACCUGGUGCUGUUCUUCUAUCCGCUGGACUUCACCUUCGUCUGCCCCACGGAGAUCAUCGCGUUCUCGGAGAGCGCCGCCGAGUUCCGCAAGAUCAACUGCGAGGUGAUCGGCUGCUCCACGGACAGCCAGUUCACCCAUCUGGCCUGGAUCAACACGCCCAGGAAGCAGGGCGGUCUGGGCAGCAUGGAGAUCCCCCUGCUGGCCGACAAGUCGAUGAAGGUGGCCAGGGACUACGGAGUGCUGGAUGAGGAGACCGGCAUCCCCUUCCGCGGCCUGUUCAUCAUCGAUGACAAGCAGAAUCUGCGACAGAUCACCGUCAACGAUCUGCCCGUGGGCCGAAGUGUCGAGGAGACCCUGCGUCUGGUCCAGGCCUUCCAGUACACCGACAAGUACGGCGAGGUGUGCCCCGCCAACUGGAAGCCCGGCAAGAAGACCAUGGUGGCCGAUCCCACCAAGUCCAAGGAGUACUUCGAGACCACCUCCUAAGCACGAGAGAAGCUAUUGUCAGCCCGUCUUUUUUUUUUGUGUUUUGUUGGCGGGGGCUGCUCCUGGCGAGCGGGAGCUGAUUCGAAUCGCAACCCCCCGCCAGCAAAUACAUACCUAUACCAUACCAUAUAUAUCCUACAUAUAACCCUAGAUCGUAGCGAGGAGCAGAGAAGAAACUGUGCGAAGAACCAAACCUUUACUGGCAACAUAAACUAAACAAGUUAGAAUAACAACUGCAGCAGCUGAACGUAAAGUGAUCUGUUCAUUAUUUUCGUGUGUAUGCUUUUUUUUACCAUUCAACCACAAUAAAUAUACAUAAUAUGAUUGUACGGAAGAAAA